CUAUGCCAACCCAGGCCACAGCAGAGCACAUCUCAAGAAGUUAAAAUAUCAAACUUGAAUGUGUUUAGGACUUAAAGUCUAAGACAUGCUUUCCAUGAAACCUGAGCAUAUACAAAAAAAAAAUUAAUCUUUCAAUUCUCCCUGCACAAAUAUGUAAUUAAAAUCAGCAUCAUUCACAGUAAAAUAUAGAAACUAAAUUACUACAGUGUGUCUAAUCAUCAGCCCAAUACCCUUCUUCUAAGAGCAGCUUACCCUGUAAGAAAACAUACAAAAUAUCACAAUAGGCACACAUAGCAUCAUCUGUCCUAAGAGAAAUUUCUCAGUCCCUGUCAGAUAGGGCUGAUUUAUAUCCUAGAGCAGUCCAGUUAAAAUCCCUUCAUUGUAGCUCUGACUGUUCUUCCUGUCCCUAGGAACACCUAUCUUGUUCAUCCUAACAGGCUUUGGUUUAUAUGGUCUCCUUUGGUGGUAUAUACACCGGUGUAAUGGUAUGGUGAUUUAGAAGUAUUAUACACUUUGUCUUUCAAAGUACUCCCUAUAACAAGGAAUUGUAUCAAAGAGUAAUGGUCAAGCACUAUUUUGCACAUACACAUUCUACCUCCUGUAACUGACCCCCUUGAAACAGUCCUACUUUAAUAUUUUCUGUUCAAUGUCAUAAAUAUUUUUCAAUCACUCUCCUGUGAUAGGAGACCACAAACUGAUUAUUCCAGGUGAAUUUGAGCACCAGUUUAAUAACAUCCUUUGUGUCAUUAACACAAUACUGCAAAACAACUGCAGCAUUUUUCUUCUGCCCAACACUAAGCAUUAGAAAGUGCACAAUUUCAAAUAAAACAUUGUUGAAAUCUUCCUCUCCACCUUAAUAAAUAUAGUUAAUUUACAAUCCAAUAACAUGAACAAGCAAUUUGAUUAUUCUAUCUUACAUGCAUAUUCUUGAAUAUAUCAACAUCAUCUGCUAUGCUUCCCUUUCACCCAGCUUUUUUGGAUUCCCUUUACAAUUUCUCAGUCUUCUUCAAUCUUGCCUAAUCCAAAUACUUUUGCAUCAUUAGCAAGUUUUGGCACACCAUCAUUCAUCUAAUUUAUUAGAUCACCAACAUGCAUGUUCACCACCCUCUUUUCAGAGGUGUUUAUACAUCACAUAAUGUAAUUUUAGGUUUACAUUGUUACUGACAAAAUAAAAAAGUAUUCUUAGUCAUAAGGACAGGCAGACUGAGUGAGAAUUAGAAAAAAGAGUUGCAGUUUCCAGAAGACGUGCUUGGUGUUGAGCAAAGAUCGGUACCUAAACUCUUCAAAUGAGCAGAAAAUAGGACUGUCACAAUGGCUACAGGCCAUCAGAGGGGUCAACAUUCUCUUCUUCCCAAGCCAGCAUGCAUCCAUUAUGUCCUAUACCAAACAUCCUCCAGAAAAGUUCUUUGGUCAGAAAACCUUCUUAAUGUUAGCUAAAUUUACAGUCUCUUAGGUAUUCACAUAUAGCUGACAAUAACAUGUUCAACUGCUUAUUAGGACAGCCAUGAUAAGGUAGGAAAUACAUUUUAGAACAAAUAUGCACUUCUUUUUACAUAUUUUGUGCUGCACCAUAAUCUUGUGUCCUUAAUUCCUUUUACAUUCUUGAUUUCUCCUCAUUCCUGCUGACAGCCCAAAGGAAAGGGGAAGAGUCAUGGACUGCAGUUGCUGCUCCUGGGGCUACCUCCACAUUAGUGAGGAGCCCUGUUCCUUCAGAUGGUGUGACAUGUCUCCUCACCGAUCAACUCUUCAGCUCCACGUGCACAGCAAACCAAAAGGCCUUAAGGAGAACAAGGGCACCCCAUGGGACAGGCUACACUUGCUCUGGACAUGGACUGAAUCCAGCACUACCAGAGGCAGCUGCACAAGCCCACUGAGUUUUAAGGUCCCCUUCAUCAGGCACAGGAGGAUAGGGGUUAGACAGUGAAACCAAAAUCAUAUUUUUUACCACAAACAUGGACUUCAGCUCUGAUCUACCUCCAUUCUUUUAGGAACCACUCUUUAAUUCUUGGUUUUUAAUAUAUAUUUUUAACAAUUUCAUAGGUGGAGGCAGCAGCUUUCAUGAAGUCUCUGAAUAGAAAACCAGUAGAUUUUAAAAAAGGAACCUGACUUUUUCACAUAAAACUUGAGAAUCUUGUGCACAAUCUUGUACUGUAGUCCCUCCUCACAGGAGGAAAAUCUACAUGGUACUGCUUUAUUUUCAAAGAUCAGGAUCUGUUCCAAUGGAACUCCACAAAGCAUAAUAGGCGAAGGUAUGCUGUACUUCACAGUGGACUUAGACAUAAAAAAAAAAUUCUAUGGCAUCUGCUCAGCAUGGAAAUUAGGCCUUUACUGAAUUCUUCUUACAACUGAGCUGAAUACACAUGCACAAAUAUACUGCAUACUAAGUAUUAUAGCCUAGCUUCUGCAAGGACUUGUACAGAUGUUUAUUAUUACAUAUAUAAAAGAAAUCCCAUGGUUUCAAAGGCAUUUGAAAGGCAAGGUAAAUUGAAAUACACAGGUGGGUCUUUGCAGGACUAGGACGUAUAUGCUGCUGAGCAACACUGCCUGCUGAAAACUUUAUACCUGUUGAACACUACCAGCAGUUUACAUGUUUCCUCCUCUGCUGACAAACCCUUGCAACAGAGGAUUCGCUUCCAGCUGAGGAGAUGGACUUCAAGUACACUUUUCAUACUGCAUAUACCUAUGCUAAAUGUAAAUCCAUAUUAAAAUGAGCUACUUAAGUAACAAUUAAUCAAACACAGCCUCGCUGCAUAUGAUGAGAAACAGAAUGAAGAGGAGCAGAUUGGCUCAAAUAAACAUAGAAAAAGGAAACCAUAGAGUUAUCAGAACUAUGCACACAACUCUAUUUGUGUGUAUAUAUGUAAAAUACUUUCUCCAUGAUUGGAGGAGCCAAAGCAAUUGGCAACUGGCCAAAGCAAUUUGCUAAGUGCACAAGAGCAGAUGCAUUUCAUAGAAGGCCAUUCCAUACCUAAGUUACAAUAACUGACUCAUGGGCUUCUGCUGGACAAGAAUGACCAGGAGAAAAAUCAGUCAUUAGUACUAACACUGGUUGCUAAUUAACCCUCAUGAACAAUGCUGCACCAAAGCUACUUCUGCUACUAUUACAGGAAUACUUAAAAGGCACGUGUAAAACUCUAAAUAUAAUGUACAUACAAAAGCUCUUAUUGCUCAGUAUAGAGAUCAGCCCAGCAGCCCUCACUCUGGCCUUGGUAUGCACCACUGGAUUCCUUGAGGAUGCAUCAAGGCAGACAUACUUUACACUGCUUCUCACACACAAAUGCACGGGCAGAACUGAUGGCCCACAAGCUCUGCCACAGAUUUUAGGGACUAUCUUUUAGCUGAUGGGCUGUGCUUCAGCCCAUAAGUUUGCAAAGCUCCCAAGUUUUGUAUCAUGACCCGCGAGAUAUACACAAGUGCCCUCUGUCUGUAAGCAACUCUGGCACAGCCUUUUUAAGAUACCAGAAAGAGUUCAAGUAGUGCCAGUAACAGAACAGGUCCUAAAGCUUACUGGCAUUACUAUAAUGUCAACACAUGCUCUAUUUUAUACCGUGUAACAACUACUAGAUGUCAGCAACAAAACUCCCAGAGGCCAAGAGCAAAAGCUGUUUAAUCUGUAUUUUGUCACUCAUAUUUGAUGGGACAUUCUCAGCUGGAUAAUGAGAACACAGUCCCUGCUGGAACUGCCUCCUCUCACAUCUCUCCUCAAAAAGAGCUCUAUCCUCUCAUAAUAUGGAAGUUAGCAGGUGGUGACUUGUGAUUUUGGGGGGGCGGGGAUGGGGGGGAAGCCAUUUUAUAUGAAUAUUUUUCCAAAUUCUGAAGAGCUGCAGCAUGUAACAGUGGUUUUGGAGCAACCAAAUCCUGUACCAACUAUCUGCAUAGAGUUUAAAGAAAAAAGAACUGGCUUCUGGUAAAAGCAUUUCUUCUAUGGGUUCACGCUACAUGCCAAAAAAUCCCAGAAAACUUCUUGGGCAACAACAUAUCAAAUCUGAGCCUUUUACAGGUCACUGUUCCCACCUUGUUAAAGUCACAAACACCCAAAGAGUUGCUUAUAAUGGAAACAUAUGAUUAUUUCAUACGAAUCAGAGAGAUAAAAACAUACUCGAUAGGAAAGCUCCAGCACACAUCAUCUCCACAUACCACACAUACAUUAUGUAACGCUCGUCCCAAAUACACCCCAAUAAAGUGAGCUGGUUUGAGAUCUUAAAAAUUCAUCGACUUUACCACAUCAGAAACGAGAGCAGAUGCCACUCUUCUCUGCCUCGCUGCGAUCUUUGCUGCAGCACUCGGCAGAGUUACAGACUUGCCAAAGACGGCCAGUUUAGGCUUGAUCGUAACUAACAAAGAGCAAGGCAUAAUACUCUAUUCUAUGUGAAACAAGAAUCUGGCCAGUAUGAGCUGGGCUGUGGAGGAAUGGAAAGAGGGCCUCUCCCCCAGAGUCCUGCAGAAGAUCCAUGAGCUGGAAAGUCAAGUGGAUAAGCUUAAAAAGGAGCGUCAGCAAAGGCAAUACCAGCUAGAGACUUUGGAGGCAGCGUUGCAGAAACAGAAGCAGAAGGUUGAAAGUGAAAAAAAUGAAUCUGCAAUACUCAAAAGGGAAAACCAGAGCUUGAUGGAAUUGUGUGAUAAUCUUGAGAAAGCAAAGCAGAAGAUUUCACAUGAUCUUCAAGUAAAAGAAUCUCAGGUCAACAUUCAGUCAGGUCAGCUGAAUUCCUGCAAGAAGGAUAUUGAAAGGCUAGAACAAGAACUGAAAAGAUGCAAAUGUGAGCUUGAGAGAAGUCAGCAAACAUUGACUGCAGGAGAUGUAUCAUUCAGUGGCACUCCACAGAAAAGUUUUACUGCUCCUUUAACACCAGUUCAAAGUAAUAAUGAUGCUAAGUUUGAAGAACUAGAAGAAAAAUACAAGAAAAAAGUACAAGAAAAUAAAGAGCUAGAAUUGCAACUGAGAACCAUCCAGCUUAAGACACAGAAAAUAAAUCAGCCUCAUCCUCAAAGCUCUUUGAGUCACAGAGAGAUUGCUCGGCAUCAGGCUUCCUCAUCCGUGUUUUCAUGGCAACAGGAAAAGACACCUUCUAGAAACCCAGAAACACCUGCAAGGGGAAGUUCUGCGGCAUCCUCCUUUCCUUGGGAUAAAGAAACAAAUUCAAGUAUUCUAUCAGAGAAGAACGAGUUUGACAACAGCUUUGCUGAGAACUCGAAUUCCUCCCUCAUGAUCCAGCUAAGAGCACAGAACCAAGAACUAAAUUCCAUUAUUAAAGACCUAGAACAGCAAUUGCAAGCUCAAGAAAAACUGAAGAGGUCCCAUAUGAAUAAACAUCAAGAGACUGAACUGGAGCUGGACAGAUUGAAGUUGGAAUUAACUGAGAAGGAUAAAAUUCUGAACAAAACCAGAGAUAAACUGACUCAAACGAGUACGCAACUUGAUCAAGCUACCACGCAGGUCCAGAAGCUGGAGCAAAAGGUGAAGCGAUUGUCAGAAGAACUGAAUUGCCAGAGACAAAAUGCUGAGAGUGCUCGUCAGUCUUUGGAACAGAAAAUAAAGGCCAAGGAAAAAGAAUACCAACAGGAACUUGCUUGUCAGCAGCGUGCCUUGCAAACACUGGAUCAGCAGUGCAACCAGAUAAGAAGCAAACUGAACCAGGAGCUACAGCAAGCAAAAAAUGACUUCAAUGUUCUGCAGGCAGAAUUUGACAAAGUAAUGGCAGCAAAACAACGCUUGGAACGCGACACCGGUGAUCUCACCCAGAAGCUGUGCAGAGCAGAACAGAGUCUAUCAGCAGCCCAGGCUAAGGAAGCUGACCUGACAAGAAGCUUUCAGGAAGUGAAGCAGGAGAAAAAUCUUCUCAAUUGUCAACUUGAAAAGAAAUCGCGAGAGAUCCACCAGCUUGAAGAAGAACUAAAUAUGAUCAAGCAAUCUCUAAAGCAAAGCCAAAAUUUUACGGAAGAGAUGAAAAAUAAGAAUGCUGUUCUGGAAAUGGAGCUGAAGCUACUGGAAGAGAAAUUUAAAAGGCAAGAGAGCUCACUUUCACUGGAGAGCCUGAAAAUAGCUUUAGCUGACAUGGAAAAGCAACAAGAGUCUACCCGAGGUCUCCUUAAGGAAAAAGAUAAUUAUAUUAAAGAACAAGACUGUAAAAUAAGUAAGAUGGAGGGAGAAUCAGAAGCUUUGCAGAGACUUCUUGGAUUAAAGCAGAGAGAAUGUGAAGAAUUGCAAAAAGAGGCUACUGUUUUUUCUCAAUGGAAAAAUGAAACUGAUAAUCUUAUCAAUAAACUUAAGUCUGAAAAGGAAGGUAUGCUUGCUCAUAUUAAUGACUUGGAGUGUUCCCUUCAAAGUCAGCGAAGCAAAAAUGAUGAGCAUAGUGAGAAACUUAGAAUGAUGCAAACCGAAAGUGACAGGAAAUCCACAGAGAUUAGAGAACUUAAAGAUAUGCUGAAAUGUAAAAGUGCAGAAUUAGAAGAACAAAAGAAAGCUUUUGAUGAAUUUAAGCAGAAAGCAGAAUGUUCUGAUAAAAAGUACUGCAAAGAGAUGGAAAAUAUGUCCUGUAAAAUAUUCCAGCUCACCAACCAAGUUGCUGAAGUAGAAGAAAAGUUACAAUUGGCAACAAGUCAAGGACUGCAAAGGGAGCAGUGCUAUCAUGAUCUGCUUGGUGAAUAUGAAAAAAUCUGUUGUCUUGUAAAAGCAAAAGAUACUUCAGAAAUGACAGGAGAUGGAGAAGUUAAUUUACAAAGCAGACAGGAUAAGACUCCUUUAGAGAAUAUGCAAUUUGCAGCAACUAGCUCCAGCACUGGAGUGUUGGAUUCUGGAUGUGCAGGAGCUCUUCUAGAAGUGGGAAAAACUAAGGAUCUGGCCAAUUUAGAAGAGCAGAUCUCUUUUCUUGAGAGCUCUUUAGCAGCUCAAAAGCAGCUGAAUUCCAAUCAGCAGCAGCAGUAUGAAGACUUACUGCAAAUAAAGAGUGAAACAGAACAAAGGUUAUUUGCAGUAGAACAGACAUACACAAGCUUCAUGACAGAAACUGAGCAGCACAUCAGUAAUUUGCAAGCAGAUAUUUCAGCACGUCAGGAAUUAAUUGAAAAAACUUCAGGUAUUCUUGAGGAAAAGGACGUGCAGCUGCAAACUUUGAAUGAAAGAUUAGAAAAUCAAGAAGUUGAGCUUCAGGAUUUAAAGAUCAAUAAUAAAUUGCUUGAGGAUUCACUAAGACAGCUGAAGCUCAUGUCUGAAACAUGGGAAUCAGAGAAGAAGGACAUGUCUUCAAUGAUUUGCUCAUACAGUAAAAAAAUUGGUGAACUUACUGAAGAAAAUACAGCCCUUAGGGAUUUAAUCAGUGCUUUAAAGCAAGAAAAAAUAACUUUACUGGAGGCAAAUAAAAAUAUUUAUGAUAGUUUAAAGGAAAGAGAAGAAAUAAUUUCUGAAAUGUCUGGAAAACAUGAAGAGGAAAGACAGCGUAUUAAAUCAAGAACAGAAGAAAUCAAAACAGAGCUUGAAGUUUUGCAGGCAAAGUAUAAAUCAGUAGAAGAAGAAAAUGGAAAAAUUAUGAACAUUCUCAGAGAGCAGACAAUUGAAUUAGAUGAAAAAAAAGCAAAAUUAGAACAAAAGAAACAGGUACUUAGUGAGAACAAAGAUAUCUUACAUAAACUUAUAGCCUCAGAAGAAAUAAAAAAGGACUUGGUUCAUGAACUUCAGCAACUGCAGUCAGAAUUUUCCAACAUCCAACAUGUGCCUUCUGUGGAGCUUGACUGUUUAAGCCAGGAAAGGUUAAAUGUCAGGACAAGACAAAAUACAAUGCAAGAGCAAUGUGGCUUUGUAUUUCAAGAAAAGGAGCAAAUGGGGAAGGAACUACCAAUAAAAAAUGAACCUCUAAUGUGUGGUGUUAAUUGUGAACAGAGACUCUGUUCAGAACAGUUGAGAAAGUCCAUGGAAGAAAAGGAUAUUGAGCUGAAUAAAUAUCAGGUUAAACUUGAGCUUCUUCAAAUGGAUUUUGAGGAUAGAGAAAUCUCUCUAAAGAACUGCAGGUUAGAAGUGAUGCAGCUGGAGAUGGCUUUAAAAGGUAUGGAAGUAGAACUUGAGAAAAGUGUGAGAGAGAAAGAGAGACUGCAGCAAGAACUACUGUCUGUUAAAGACCUGAAAACUGCAGAUUCUUCUCUUACUGUGUUAGAGGAAGAUGGCCACUCACUGGAGUAUAAUUACAGUGACAUUUCCCAGGAUUGUGGCAAAAGAGGAAUAGAUAGAAGUCCUUCAUCAGUGUUGCUGGCAUCCUCUUUGCAGGUAACAAUAAACCAGCUGAGUGAGCUUGAGAAAAUGUGUGAGAGGUUGCAGAAUGAAAACACUGCAUUAGCCUCUGGAUUGAAAGAUGCUAAAACUAAUGGUACCACAGGUAUGAAUAAAGAGAAAGAGGAGACUGAUGAUAUAAUUAAUGCAGAUAGCAAUUUAAAAGCUGAGAAAGCUGUUCUUCCUGAUGAACUUAUGGAUCCAAGUGAUAACAGCAAUCUGAGAAUGUGUUCUGAUAAUAAGGAAGUGUUCUUCAGACUUAAAGAAUGCGGUUCUUCUGACUAUGAAGAUUUAAAAUUGUCCAGCAAAGAAGUUAAGGUACACUUUGCAGAAGUAAGAGAGAAGCUUUUGACUUUCCAGGAUGAACACUUAAAACUAUAUGAACAGCAAUGUAGUAUGAGCUCAAAGAUAUGUGAGCUGCAGUCUUGUAUUGAAAUGCUGAAAGCAGAAAAUUCUUUAUUGUCAACAAGUCAGAGCAGUGCUCAUGUAGAUUCUGUGCAAGUGUCACUGUCAUCCAGCCGAGAUGACAUGCUGCCUAGAUUAGAUGAAACUAAGGCCACGGAUUCUUCCUCAGACCUUUCUGUAAAUCCCUGUUUAUUAGAAGUAAGUGAGGUGGUUGAUUCUCAUAACAGUGGUUCAUGCAAAUGGACAGAGGAAAUGAAUCAGACAGACAGUUCUGUAGAAGUAAUUUCAGAGGAUGCAGCAGAAGUUUUGGUUGAAAAGUGCCAUAAUGAUCACAAUUUGGGUUCUGUUAGAGAGUUUGGGAGUAUUACUCCAAGAAAAUCUAACCUGGAAAGUAGAAUUGAAGAACUUCAGAUGCUCUGUCAGACAUAUGAGAGGGCCAUCAAGGUGCUUGAAGAUCAGUUUCAUGUUCAAGAGAAUAUGAAAAAUGAGGAAAUACAAGAGCUGAAAGAAGUUAUACUCUCUGAAAGGAAAGAAAUAGAUCAUCUUAAACAGCAAAAUCUAUCUGAGAAGGAAGAAUGGCAGCAGAAGCUGAAUCAUCUGACUAUGGAGAUGGAGUGCAAACUGGCAGCAGAAAGAAAACAAACUAAGAAUCUCUCUUUGGAGUUGGAAGCAGCAAGACUCCAACUACAGGUCCUUGAUUUAAGUUCUCAUUCACUGCUGUGCACAGAUAUUGAAAAUAACAUAGAACAAGAAAACAAUACUCCUUAUAAAUUAAGACUGCCUGUUGAAAACUCAGCUCUGAAAAACAAUAAUCUUGAAAUAAUCCCCAUUGAGAAAAUGGCUGCAGGAGAUGCCUCUGUGUGUCAAAAUGAAACUGAGACUGUGGAAGCAAGAUUAAUGGAGGAUUACACUGAGAAAAUUUCUGGAGAACAUGAGUGUAAAAAUAUAUCAGGAAAAAUAACCAGCCCCUCAGACCAUGCCAGUGCAUUGUCAUUUUCCAAUAGUAGGGUUUUGAGUGCUGGCUAUUUCUGUGAAAAUCAAAUAACCACUGAAAUGCUUCAGGAAGAGGCAAAACAACAGACUGCUGAAAAUUUGAAGCUGAUCUAUGAGAUAGAAAAAGAGCAAAGCCAUGUAGAUUUGAAAAUAAGAGUUGAGCAAUCAGACUCGGAAAUGAACUUGCAAGAGGCGCAAAUAAUUGCAAAUAGCUCAGCUUUUGCUGGACUGGAGGAAGCUGCUGUAGCUGUUAAGGAAGACAACUUUGGCAUCAUUGAAAAACACAAAUCUGUUUCUGUCAAUAAGCAGGAAUUAUCUCUUCAAGUAGUCUCAUCACAAAAAGAACCUGAGAACCUAAAGUCUGAGCUGGAGAUAUGUAAAGUUAGAUUGCCUAAUGCAGCAGACCUGUUUGAUGAUGUAGAAAUGACCAAGAGAGCUGGUCAGGAGCAAUUUCUUGCAGCUAAAAAUGGACGAGGGAGUUCAAAAUCUGAGCAAGUUAAUAUUGACAACCAUGCCUUGUUCAUAGAGCCUGACAUUGAAAUGCUUCAGGCAAAAUGUCAGCAAUUAGAAAGGGAGAGGGAAGUUAAUCUGAAAACUAUUUCUAGCUUUCAAGAGCACCUUGUUUUAGUCACAGCUGAGAGAAACUAUAUUGGCCAAGAACUGAGUAUUUUGUCUGAAAGCAAAAAAGAGCUAGAUCAGAAGUACCAAAAGCUACAAGAGAAAUUAAAACAAUUAGAGUUAACUAAAAUGGAUUCUACUGAAUUCAUUAGAAGGUUAGAGGAUGAAAUGAGGACACAAGCAAAUCUGCUUGAGGCUGCAAAAUCUGAUGCAAAUCAAAUAUCCAAUGAAAAAGACAGUCUUCUUCAGAAGCUGCAAAGUUUAGAAAAUGUUGCUGUAUCUUUCACUGUAGAAAAAGAAAAAUUACAAAAUGAAGCAGCAGAUUCAAAGAGAGAAAAAGAGCUGAUUGCAAGAGAGUUGGGAACGAUGCAGCAUAAAUUAGGUUCAUCAGAAAUGGAAAAUUCAAAGCUUUCCAAAUCUUUGGAAGGCUUGUUAAUGGAAAAAGGAGAACUUGCAGCAAGACUCAGCGCAGCACAGAAAGAAGCAGACCAAUUGCGAUGUGGAAUUGAGAAGCUGAAAGUAAAAAUUGAGUCUGAUGAGAAGAAAAAACGUCACAUUGCUGAAAAGCUGAGAGACAAUGAACGGAAAGCUGACUCUCUUCAGGAUAAAAUAGAGAGGCUUGAAAGGGAGUUGGAGAUGUCAGAGAAAAAUCUAGAAGAUACAGUUAUUGAGCUGGAGACUGCCAAAGCAGAGGCAGAAACAUUAGCAACAGAGAUGGAAGAGAUGACUGAAAAGCUGAAAUGUUCUAACUUGCAAAUUGAUGUCCUUGCCUCACAAAAAGAGUGUUUGGCUAAAGAUUUAAAAGAAAUGCAAGAAAGAUUCCUUGAACUAGAGUCUUCAAAAUUGACUACAGCAAAACAGCUGGAAGAAAAGGAGGGAGAAAAAAUACAAAUCAAAGAUGAGUUUGAAAAUACUGUGGCAUUGCUGAGAUCUGAGCUCAAAGAUAUGAGUGAGAAGUUAGAGUUUUCAUGCAAAGAGGAAGCAGAUGCUAGAGCAAAAGAGCAAGUCUUGAUUGAUCAGGUGGCUCAUCUUGAGCAAGAUAAAAUAAUGCUGUUACAGGAAUGUCAGGAAAUAAAGAAUGAAAAUAUCAAAUUGGAUCAAGCAAGGGAAGUACUUGUUCAAGAAUUGAUGGAUUGUAAACAAAAACUCGAUGAAAAGGUACAGGAAAAUGGUGCUCUUGAAAAGCAGGUGAAAGAAACAGAAGCACUAUCUUUGCAGCUGACUCACAUGCAGCAUGAACUUGAAUGCUGGCACCAGGAAAAAGAGAGGCUGCAGAACUUGAUUGCUGAGUUGAAGCUGAAGGAGCAACAUUUUUCUGAUGUUGAAACCUCUCUGGAUAUCCUGAAUGUUCUAAAAAUGUCUUAUAAGGACCUUGAGAAGAAACUGGAAUCUACACUUUGUGAAAAGAACACUCUAUGUAAAAAGGUAAAUGAACUGGCUGAAAGUCAAACUGAGCUACAAGUCAAGCUAAGUAAUACUGAACAGAAGAUUGCUGAAUUACAGGAAGAAAGAAAUAAGCUUGCUGAAGAAAUGCGAUGUGUUCAAGAACAUUCAGAAAAGAACAAAAUUCAGCUGCAUCUCACAACUUCAGAAAAAAAUGAACUGGCCAGGUGUUUGGAGAUGGUCCAGAAUCAACUACAAAAAAAAGAAAGUGAAAUUCAAAGAGAGAUAUCAGAAUACAAAGACAAACUACUUCAAGCAGAGAGAGAGCAUCAGGAUGCUCUGAUGGAAGCAAACCGAAAGAAUGAAGUAGAAAUUGAGGCCUGUCAUGAGAAGAUUAGUUCACUGGAGCACUUUAUCAGCUCGCAAGAACUGGAAAUUGAGCAUUUGAAGUCAAAUAAAGAACAGCUAAAUAAUUCCCUUAAAGAAGCUAAUCAAUCCUUAGGAGAACUCCUAAAAACUAAGGCUGAUAAUAGUAACAUUAUAAUUCAGCUGAAGAGGGAAAAUGAAUAUGCCCACAGUAAAGUGCAGAUGUGGAUGAAAUCCUGUAAGCAGCUGGAACAGGAAAAGGAAAUGUUGCAGAAACAACUAGCUGAACAUGAUGAGCUGCUAAAGAGGGAAAAUCUGACUAUGGUGAAGCAUAAUAAAGAAGAUGCUGAUGACAAUGCCAUUACAGAAGAAAUUAAGUUGAAAUUGGAAGAAUUGCAGGAAUCUACAGAAGUGAAGACCAGAGAAGCAAAUGAGAACUUGGAGAAAUACUGCUCUCUCAUUGUUAAAUAUCAUAAACUAGAGGAAGAAAAUGAGAUGCUAAAAACACAAGUCAGUUUGUUGAGUACUCAGCUGAAACAGCAAGCGAGUGAUGCUGUCAGCACUCCUUUGCUGAAUUCAAAGGAGUCAUUAACACAAAAGAGCAAACCCUCUGUCAAAGACAGAAGGUCAGAUGAAGAUACCACUAAGCUUUCAAGUAAAAGGCAGAGAUGUGAAGACAGCAGGAAAGACAAUGGAGAACCAAGAUCUCCUGCUCCAGUGACUUCAUUGAAAAAGAAAAGGAAGUGUGAUAUUGCUCAAAAUCUGCAUAGUCAGGACAACGCUGACUGUGAGCUGGAUGGGCUUCCAGAAAUAGUGCAAAAAGGGUUUGCUGACAUCCCCAGUGGCACGGUCAGCCCUUACAUAUUGCGUAGAACAACGCUGCACCUCAGAUCCAGUCCCCAUCUGGUUUCCUCCAGUGAGAAGAGACCUUUGCCUGCACAGGACUCACAGAAGUGCAGACCAGACCAUCUUAGUGAGCGCUGCUGUUUGACACCUGGUGGCAGCAAAACACAAAAGGAAAAUGAUGAGCAGCAGUCCCAAGCUUUUCCACCAAUGAAUUCUACAUCAAGGUCACCGCUUUGCCUGCAUCAACAAUCCCCAAAACCUCUUUCUGAUAAUACUAGGGAGAGUCAUACGAUGCACAAAGCAAAAAAUUCCCUAAAUGGACAAGGAUUAUCUGAGCAAGAAGAGCAAAAAGAAAAUUGUAAGGUGCAGUAAAUCUGACUUAGUCACUACUCAGAAUAACUGGUGAUCAAAACCAGUGUGUAAAAUAAAUAUCAGAACUAUAUGGAGGGCACCAUUUUCUCCAAUGAAUAAUGAUAUAUGGGUUCUGCAGAGCUUCUUUGUGAAUAUUUACUAAUACCAAUAGUCAUGCAAAUUUUUGAAAUAAUAGUGAACAGAUAUAAUUAAUCUUUUUAUAGAAUCACAGAAUCAAUUAGGUUGGAAAAGACCUUUGAGGUCAUUGAGUCUAACCUAUGGCCUAACAUCACUUUGUCAACCAGACCAUGGCACUGAGUGUCACAUCCAGUCUUUUCUUAAACACCUCCAGGAAUGGUGACUCCGCCACCUCCCUGGGCAGCCCCUCCCAAUGCCCAGUCACUCUUUCUGUGAAGAACUUCUUCCUAAUGGCCAGCCUACACCUCCCUGGUGCAGCUUGAGUCUGUGUCCCCUCUUGUCCUAUUGCUGGUUAACUGAGAGAAGAGACCAACCCCCACCUGGCUACAACCUCCUUUUAGAUGUAAUUGUAGAAUUUUCUGUAAAUACUUCUUUAUAAAGCUGUUAGAAAAUUAAAACAUAGAGAAAGUGGCCGUAUUUUGCCAUGUAGUUAAUUGUUGUCAUUUUUAUUGCGUGCCAAUGGUUGAUUUACAAAUGGAAAAUAAACUUACUUAAGUAUCUAAAAAUACUAGUUUCCAGGAAAAA